AUGGCCGAACCCUGGAGUUCGUCGGGAGCAGCUCUCACGGGGCGGCGGGUGCGCGAGUGCACGGUUUGCCAGGCGAGCAACUUACAAGGGUCAGGCUCAUACGCCUCUUCGUCUGUAUGUCACACUCCUCGGCCCUACUACACUAAGCUAAGCUCCCCAACCUACCAGCUUCAUCCUACAGUGUUCCUUCGCAAAGAAAAGGAGGCUUCAACAUCGCCAUUUUGGGGAUCUGACUACACUUCGCUUGAUCUCGGUGGCAGAAACAAGGGGCUUAGAGUGGGAAGACGCCAAAAGUGGCUGACAGGGGCACACGACAUGGGGGGACGGCAAUGCGAGAUGGGAAUUGGACAAUUGGACAGCGCCCCUGUUGCCAACCGGCCAGGUUUCUGGGCGCCAACAACUGACAAAAAGUCCACACGCAGCCAAACAGUCUGUCACAGCCGCAGCACAAGCCCGGCUGAUCUGUCCAUCCAUAGCUUCGGUUUGCAAAGCGUCCUCGACCGUCGCAUGUUGGUCUUGACACUACUGCCAGUUUACCUCAUCUCCGGGCCUCACAAUGCGCCCAUGCCUCCAUCGGAGCCUAUCCCGUUAAGGCCCAGAGCUUUCAGCCCACUCGCCCACGUUCAGGCGAACCUGAUGCCGGGGACCCCACACGACCAAGCGGCACUCAAAAGACAUUCUCGCUGGCGGCCAUUGGAGAGGUCUUGGUACCGGUACUCCAUAUCUACAGAAGGUUCAGUGGAGAAGCUAGCGUCCUCUGAAGCAGCGACACAGGCACGAACGAUGUCUUAG